UUGCUCAAAAAGACAGCCAGCCAGCCAGCCACCCAGGGUCCAGAGCAGCCAGCCGGAGGAUGGGGAACUUCUGGACUGGGAAGGGAAGGAGGUUGCAGGUUUAAAUUUCGUCGGGGAGCUGCAGCUUCUCUAAAAAAAACCGGCCGUGGUUUCGUUUUUAAACGCCUGUAGCUUUAAGAGUCUUUUUUUAAUUAACAAGAAGAUUUUAAGGAAGUCCCAGAUUACUCUUGGAACACCAAGAGUACGUCUGGGGCUGAUUUGAACGCUUGUAUAAGCUGCUGUUAUGCAAAACUGACCCAAGGGAGGAAAAAAAGGAAUAUUUAACAAAUAUGCUGCACGCACACUUUUUCCUAGGAGUUUCUGGAUCGUUUUGUUAGAAACUUUUGACCUCUUUUUUUUUUUUUGCUUUGUUCGUUGAAUGAGUGGAUUUUUCCAGCGGAAUGGCACAAGUCCCUUAAUCAAGUCCCCUUAAUCAAGACUGUUUGAAACAGCGACUGACUGAUUCGGGGGCAUGAUGUUCCGUUUAAGGUAGCAGCCGCCUUGAAACGUGAUUUCCCCCCCCCAAAAAAAACCUUUUCAUGCCGUUCACUGUUUGUGAGCCGAAAAGAAGGGAGUCAUGAAGAUCACUCAGGAUAUUAUGAGCAAUCGCUCAUUCGGUGGGGCAACUUGGAAGUGGCACAUACAAGACCCAGCAAGCCAGCGGUUGACAUGGAACAAACCUCCCAAGAGCGUCCUCGUUAUCAAAAAAAUCCGCGAUGCCAGCCUCCUGCAGCCCUUCAAAGAUCUCUGCAUAUAUCUCUCAGAGGUGAACAACAUGAUUGUUUACGUCGAGAAAAAAGUGCUGGAGGAUCCGGCCAUCACGAAUGACGACAGUUUUGGACCAGUGAAGAAAAAGUUUUGCACUUUCAGAGAAGAUUACGAUGAUAUCUCCAAUCAGAUAGAUUUCAUCAUUUGCCUGGGAGGCGACGGGACCCUUCUGUACGCUUCUUCGCUCUUUCCGGGCAGCGUGCCUCCAGUUAUGGCUUUCCACCUGGGGUCGCUUGGAUUUCUUACCCCGUUCAAUUUUGAGAACUUUCAAUCUCAAGUCACUCAGGUUAUAGAAGGCAAUGCAGCUCUUGUUCUCCGAAGCAGGCUUAAAGUGAAAGUUGUCAAGGAACACAGAGAGAAGAAAAUGAUGAUCCAGAAUGGGAUCGAAGAAAACGGAGUCAUGUCUCCAGGCCUAGAGAAGGAGAUGUUCAAGGACAUCAUGCAAUAUCAGGUCCUGAAUGAAGUUGUAGUGGAUCGGGGCCCUUCGUCAUAUCUUUCCAAUGUGGAUGUCUUUCUAGAUGGGCAUCUUAUCACCACAGUUCAAGGAGACGGAGUCAUCGUCUCCACCCCAACGGGUAGCACGGCAUACGCAGCCGCCGCAGGAGCCUCGAUGAUCCACCCAAACGUUCCAGCGAUCAUGAUCACUCCCAUCUGCCCACAUUCGCUCUCCUUCCGGCCCAUCGUGGUUCCAGCCGGAGUUGAACUGAAGAUCAUGCUGUCUCCUGAUGCUAGGAACACUGCGUGGGUUUCGUUCGACGGGCGAAAGAGACAGGAAAUCUGCCACGGUGACAGCAUCAACAUCACUACCUCUUGCUACCCCCUUCCCUCGAUCUGUUUCCAAGACCCCGUGAGUGACUGGUUUGAAAGCCUAGCAGAAUGUUUGCACUGGAAUGUCCGAAAGAAGCAAAAUAACUUUGCCGUCGAUGAGGAAGAAGAAUUUUGAGCCUCAGCACUGGGGGGAAACUCACAGGGGAGCCAUCUAAUGGCUAUCCUCCUCUCUGUACAAAGUGUAUUUUUACGCUCGUAGCUACUUGGGAGUAGACCAAUAUAUAUACACAUAUAUAUAUAUAUUUUCUAAGACAGCGAUGUACCUCAUAUCAGUCUGUUCUGCUGAUGACCAGAUAUCCUGUUUCUUGUCUAUUGCGAGGGUGUGCUGCAAGAGUGAAAGGCAGGUAGAGCUCUUUGUUCGUAGACGUGCGGCGUGUGUUCCGAAUAAUGUGUUUUCUAAGCGAGGUCCUCGGAGGAAGCCUCGUUACAAACGAAAGGAAGUUCCUUAGGUGUUUAUUUGCAAAUCCACACAUUUCUACGACGAUGACAACUUUGCGGGUCGAGAAGAUGUGCGACGAGGACGAAGUGGCACUUAAAAGAAAGUAUUUCCUUUGGUUUGUCAAAACUGUCUUUUCUGUGUUCUUACUAGAAAACAUCCCUAUAGCAAAAUGAGGAGGCUGGAUAGCAAUAUGUUGUCUGCUUGGCGUUUUUUGUUUCCUUUCUUCGACUUAAAUGUAUUUUUACCGCUGCUUAGGAAUGGUGCUUUUGGUUUGUUUUUGUGGCCGCUGUGAUUCCCUGCUCGUUGUCUUCAUAGUAAUUCUCUCCUAGUUGUUAACACUACCUGUAGUUCAUACCAGUUACCUCCUCAGUGAUGAUCAAAACAGGCAGGUCCAUUAAAAUUUUUGGCUUCACGGAGAGAACUAUUGCGGUGAAAAUUCCAGGGUUUGCCCUAGAAGUCACGGCACCAUUCAAAGACUGUUCUCUGGAGUUUUUCCCAUUACAUUUGAAAGACACAAGGCCCUGUUGGGAGAGGCAGGCUGUACCCUGAAAGUGAGCAUGAAAAAUGCCUCCUGCAAAAGCCUGGGGAAAUUUAUACAAGAACAUUUAAGCACUUUGAGUAUGAGAUUUGUUUCUGCUGGGCUUGCACAGUGCAAGAUGUUCCUGGUGGAUUGUGCAAAAUACACGAAACUGGAAUGGGAUGACCUCGCAGGGGGAACAACAUGCCUGAGAAAUAAUUACGAUUAAACUUAAAAAAAAAAAAUUCUUGUGCACGUGACAGCAAAUUUCUGCAGUUUCCUGUUCUGACUGCAGGAGUUUUUGCUUGCAGUGAUGGCUUCUCUGACGAGCUGCCCUCAACACGUUUGGAAUGGUUUCAGAGGCACCAUCCGGGAAGCAGAGGCAGGAGGGGCCCAGAAAUGUCACUGUUUGUAUAGGCCCUCCCUCUCUAGUCCUUCAGCUUUGAGUCUUGCCCCAGGUACCCCUGCAUGAACUGGCACGGGAUGGCGAAUUCUUUGCCGGCUAUUUGGCUUUCUACUUUUCCUCUGCCUCACAGUUAUCCUAGAACCAACCUCAAGAGGCGUGGUCCGUGAUUGCUGCUGCUGCAUAAACAAGACUGCAGGUUUCACCUGUGUGUGUCUGGCAGUUCCAAAGCUUCUGUGUGCUUGGGAAGGGAGAGUUGUGUUGUUAAAACACAAUGUGAGAAGCAAUUCCGACAUGCAUCCCCAGUCCCCCAGACCCACAAGUCUCCCGGGAUGCUCCUCUAAACUGUGGCGACUUUGUACAUUGCCUGUGAUGGGACCCCACAAAAUGGCCCUCGCCUCUGUAACGAAAAUUAAAUGGACGCGCUUCCUUCUUUGCUAGAGCGAUGGCCUUCAGGGUGACCAAGCAUCUUGUACGCUAGCAUCUGACAAGAAGAGCAGGGGACAUUCCGAGCGGAUUUGCUCCGGUGCCUUCAGCACACUUUUUAUUUUCAGGUCGUCCUCCAUAUUUUGUUUGUGAUGCACCUGUAGUGUGAUGUGCAUAUUUUGGAAACAGUACAUGGCUUUGAUGAAGAGAUGUAAAAUGGGAAAGAAUGCCAGAAGUACGUUCUGCAAACAGAUUUCCCUCCUCAGCUCCGCAUAUCCAAUCGGUUGCCACUGUGGGCUGGGAUGCACAUAAAGAGGAUCGAACUGGUACAUUGCCAAGAUGGCAGAGUGGAGUUUCUACUUCAGGUUACUGCAGCAGGGGUGACACUGUUGAGCACCCCAGACACACAGGCACAAACACUUUUAAGGUCCUGCAAAUAGAAUCUGGCGCAUUGGAGAGCAGGGUCAGCACACUGGGGCAUCUACCACCAAGCAAAUCUUGAGUUAUCCACUAGGAAGCUAGGAGGGAUGUCUUCCUACAGACACCGAAGGGGCCUCUGGCAAACUCUCCCAUUUCAUGCUUGGAAAGAGCCCCAGGGCAGAGGAGCUUGGCGCUCUUGUGUUCUUUUUAGCCUGUUGCAGAGGCGUACCAGGGGAAAAUGGCACCCAAGGCAACACCUGCUCCGAGCGCCCUGCACUCCAUCUACCUUAGCCGGUGGCGGCCCCAGGCAGCCAGGCCGGGCCAAGGGGCAACCUGUGACAGGCUCCCGGCCCUGCUGCUCAGUGGGCACGGGGGGGAUGGGUAUCCGGGGGGGGCGAUUUUGUGCCCCCAUGUGACUGACCAGCCUGCGCUCAGGGACAUGUGACACCACAUGUCCCCAUGGCCGGUACGCCCCUGGCCUGUUGAGGUGUCAGUGAGCUUAAUGUCAAAGAGGCAAACUCUGCCUCCCCCGAGGGCACAUUUGGAGGAACUAAUGGAGGGCUUCUGGCCCACUUGCUGCCACCCCCUCCCAAUUCGGAGUUGGCCCAGUCAGUGAACAAGGUUGAAGUCCAUUUUUCCUUUGCCUCUGGUGUUCAUAUUUGAAAAGGAGGGAUUUUUUUUGUCCCUUUCAAAAACUUCUAUCUCCUUCCCACGUUCGGAAGCAGCACAGUCCCACCCUUCCGCCCCAGGACUCUACUCCCGCAUCCUGCUAUGUUUGCAGAGCAGGCUGUCAAAAGUUUACAUUUAUGUUUGUGAUGCAUUCCUCUUGACACUGCCCACCCCCCAUCCCUGGUCCAAACCUUAGGACGUGGCUGACCUCUUUGAAGUUCUCGAGAGGAACUAAACUUUGUCAGCGAGCCUCAAGAUCCUGGGUGCAGAUUGAUUUGAUCGAAAAGACGGGGGAGAGGAGAAAACAGCGCUGGCAUUCCAGGCAGCCAAAAGUUUGCUCCAUUUUUCACUCUCUGAACAAGAAGAUAACAGGGCGACAAAGCUCACUUUCUUUUCCCCUGUCUAAAUUGUUCUGUAAACGUUUCUCCUCGUUGUUUUCCUCUUUGGAGUUGUUUGUGUCAGCUUGACUUUUGCAAAGAACAACUCAGCAAUAGCAUCGAUUGCACCUAAACAGCACUGGGAUAGUAAAGCGAGGCUUCUAAAUACCUUGAGAACUAGAAGGAUGGUUCUGAGUUGUCCCUUGGAGUUGGCCAAGCAAAAUGUGUCGAGCCUCCCCGCUUGGAAAGAUGUUUGCUUUACUGUUCAGAUCUCUUGUUUUCACUUGGAUUUUGUGGUAUGAUUGUGGGCUGUCAUCAUUUGUGUGUGUGUGUUGUUGUUUUUUUAAGUCACAUACGGGUUUCGUAGAGGGCAAAGUAUUAUCUCGUUUGGGAGAGCAGUCUUAUUUCCUGAGCUGUAGAAAUGGAGCUUUGCUUGAUUAGAAAGACUUCUUUUCUUUUCUUAAAUGCAAUAAUUUAAAAAAAGGAACAGGGUAAAAGCGUUCGAAUUUUUAAAAAAAUUCUCUGUAUUAAGUACGCUGAUGUGGAGGGAAGGAUUAGUAGGAGAGGCAGAAGGGCAGAGAGAAGUGAAAUAAAAAUGUGUAGAGGUUUGGGUUGGGGGGGUUAGAAGUGAACAGCAGAAAUUCAUAUUUUAAAAAACUGUAAUUAAUGGAAUUUUUCAGGACGCGUGAAGAAAAUACGGAUUUUUUUUCCUAAAUAAAAAUUUUAUAUAUUGCCUUCCCUAA